AUGAAAAACGGCCAUUGCGUCAAAGAUUAUUCCGUCAAACCUAUCCCUAUUGGUCAGAGACCUUCUUGGGGCCCUUGGCGAGGCGGGAUUCCUGAUCCUCUGGGUAAGCUAAAUAAUUUACCUUCUGAUGACACUAAAUUGAAAAUACCUCAUUCCAAAUCUGGUUUUAACUACAACGUAAUAAAUAAAUUUCAACCUCAACCACGCAAAAACGCCAACUCAGACUCUGAAACCAACAAUAAGGAUACUGAAUCUGAAAACACCGGGGAAGGUCAUUCUGACGAUACAGAGCCGGAUGAUCAAGAUGAGCUUAAUGAUAAAGAUGAGGAGACUGAACCGAAAUCCAACACUACUGAAUCUGAUAAUGAAGAGGAAACUAAUGAUGCAGAGUCCGACAAUGAGCCUGAAAACAUAAGGGAACCUGAGACUAAUGAUACAGAAACAAACGAUGAACCUGGCAACGUCGGGGACCCUGAAACUAAUGUUGAUGAUGAAUCAAAAUCGGAUUCAGAAACCGAUGCAGAAUCUGAAUCUGAAUCAGAAUAUGAAACUGGCGAUGAAGGAUCGAAUGUUGGCGGCACAGACCAAAGCGAAAAUGAGCAAGACGGUGCCGUUGAGUCCAAUGGCGCAGAAGGGGAGACUGACGGUAUUGGAGAUAACAGGAAUACAGAAGAUGUAGGAGGAACUAGGGAUGGUAAAUUCCAUUUUCAUGGUAAUCUAGCUAUGCAACCGGACUUCAUAAGAAAGGGCUGUUUUCUUAACACUGACAGGUAA